UUACGAGGCCUUGCGUAUUAAACAUAUUUAAUCGGGGCGGGCUGGGUAUAUAAUUGAAGUUGAAAGGUGAGCCUUUCUCUCUUUUUUCUCAUUGUCAUCAAAACAAAAAUCAUAAAAAUGCCUGCUAUUACUGUUCCCUCCGAAUACGGUUACGUUCUCGCUGUCGCUGUCGCCAGUGCUCUUUACACUCUUAGUUUAGCUAUGAAGGUCGGUGGUGCUCGUAGAGCUGCCAAGGUCCCCUAUCCUUAUAUGUAUGCUGAAAAGGAAGAAGCUGAAAAGGAUCCCAAGAAGAACGUUUUCAACUGUACUCAACGUGCUCAUCAAAAUACCCUUGAAAUCCUUCCCAUCUACAACACUUUGUUGUUAGUUGGUGGUAUUAAAUAUCCUGAAGUCUCUGCCGCUGCUGGUGUUCUCUUCAUCUUGGGUCGUAUUGUCUUUGUCAGUGGUUAUUCUACUGGUAACCCCGCCAAGCGUACUCGUGGUGCUUUCGGUAUGCUUGGUCUCGUUACUCUUCUCGGUACUGCCUCUGCUACCAUCUAUAACCUCCUCAAGUAAAGGAAAAAACUAGAAAAAAAAAAAAAAAAAAAAAAAAAAAGACGGGUCGCUUUAAGAUGAAAAGGUUCAAUCCUUUUGUUUAGCA